AUGAGAGGCGUGCCGUUCUUGGUGAUGGCCAACAAGCAAGAUCUCGCAAGUGCCAGGAAACCCACGGAGCUGGCAGAGGAACUGGGACUGACGAAGAUGAAAGGACACCAGUGGCACGUCCAAGGGUGCUGUGCGGUCAACGGGGAAGGACUGGUGGAGGGGCUGGAGGUCCUCACCAACCUAAUGAAGCAGUUUCAGAAGAACAGGACUAAAUUCUUGUCUAUCCAUUAUAUUUAUUCUUUUUUCCACCUAAGGCGCAAGAGAAGUUUACAGCACAAAUACUGUAUACUAUCAGCUUGUUCUUCACAAGCCAAAGAGCGGAGGAACUGUGCAAGGUGGUCGUCUCCACCAUGA